AUGCUGAGCACGUACUCACGGGUGUCGCUGGUUAAAAAAAAAAAAGUGCUAGACAUCUUCCGCAUCAGCGAAGACGCGACGAUGCGUUCGUUCGGUGCUUUGUUCUACACCCUAACGGUGGUUGUGGCGGUGCUGGGGUUCGAUGUUGCCGCAUCGUACCGGCUGGGCGUCGGAAGGGCGGACUGUACUGGACCUCCGGUUGAGAUCGGAUUUAUGGGGUACGGUGAGUUUUCCCAGCGGGGGCAAGGCAUUCAUCUGCGCCAGUAUGCACGUGCGUUCAUCUUCGAGGAUGAUGACCAGGCCCGGGUCGUGUUCGUCAGUGCGGAUGCCGGCAUGAUGGGGCACGCGGUCAAGCGUGACGUGCUGAACCUGUUGAAGGCGCGGUACGGUGCGAUGUACCGAUUCGAAAACGUGGUGUUGAGCGGGUCGCACAGCCACAGCGUACCGUCCGGCUUCCUGAUGUCGUACCUGUACGAUAUCGCUUCGCUGGGCUUUGUGCCGCAGAACUUUGACGCGCUGGUGGAAGGCAUUACGCUCGCGAUUGUACGCGCCCAUGAGGGCAUGCGGGCGGGUCGCGUGUUCCUGUCGGAGACCUCCGUUAGCGAGGCGAAUAUUAAUCGCAGCCCGAGCGCGUACGAGAACAAUCCCCGGUGGGAGCGGGACCAGUAUCGGGACUACACCGACAAGCGGUUGGUCCAGCUGCGGUUGGUCGAUGAGGCGGGCCAUCUGUUCGGUGCCAUCAACUGGUUCGCCGUCCAUCCGACGUCGAUGAACAAGACGAACCGGUACGUUUCGAGUGACAACGUGGGGUACGCUUCGGUGCUGCUGGAGCUCGACCGGAACGGAGUGCGGGUGCCGGGCCGGGGCGAGUUCGUGGGGUCGUUCGCGUCGACUAAUCUUGGAGAUGCGUCACCCAACAUUAUGGGACCAAAGUGUGAGAAGACCGGAUUGCCGUGCGAUAUGUUGACGUCCUCCUGUCCGACCGGAGCAGGGGCUUGUAUUGCGUCUGGCCCCGGCAAGGAUAUGUUCGAGAGUACGAAGAUCAUCGGUACGCGACUUUACGAUGCAGCGAUUAAACUCCUCAAAGCAAAUGGUGGUCGGGAAGUGAAGGGUCCGAUCAAGUUUGCCCAUCAGUUUAUCGACAUGACUGAGAUGAAGGUCCCGUACGUAAACCCAACCACGGGCGAGUCAGAGACGGUCCACGGGUGCUAUCCGGCGAUGGGAUACAGCUUUGGUGCUGGUACAACCGAUGGUCCAGGGGCGUUCGAUUUCCGACAAGCCACCCUGACCGAUUCGACCUUCUGGAACACGGCCCGGGACAUCCUGGCCGAGCCUACGCCGGAGGACAAAAAAUGUCAAGCCCCAAAGCCCAUCCUAAUUGCCAGCGGGCGGGCCAAGUUUUCCUACGAGGUGCAACCAAAGAUUGUCCCCACGCAGAUACUGCUGGUUGGAGAUCUUGCCAUUGCAGCGGUGCCGGCCGAAUUUACGACCAUGUCCGGGCGGAGACUGCGGGCGGCCGUACGGGAAGCUGCGCUAGAGGCGGCCAACCAGGAGAUCACGGUCGUUGUGGCGGGCCUGUCCAACAUGUACACCAGCUAUGUGGCGACACCGGAAGAGUACGCUAUCCAGCGUUAUGAAGGUGCCUCCACACUGUACGGGCCGCACACACUCACCAUCUAUCUGGAGCAGUUCCGCAAGCUGAUGCGUUCGCUUGCCCACGGUGAAACAGUCGCGCCCGGCCCAAUGCCACCGUUCGAGGAUGACAAACAGAUCACGCUGUCGACGGGCGUUGUGUUCGACGGACAUCCGUUCGGCUGGUACUUUGGAGAUUGUAAGGUGCAGCCCAAAGAAUCACCCUACCAUCGGGGUGAUGUAGUGCGGGUUAUGUUUAUAGCGGGCAAUCCACGCAACAAUCUAAUGCACGAAAGGUCGUACUUUACCGUGGAACGGCUGAAGCCCGAGUAUGAGGAAACCAACAGCGUGGAGCACCAUCGCAGCCGCGACGAGUGGGAAGUGAUUGCGACCGAUGCGAACUGGGAAACGAAGUUCAAGUGGCACCGUCGUUCGACACUGUUUGCGUACAGCGACAUCGAGCUGGAGUGGGAAAUAGCGGAUCAGAUCGAACCGGGUACGUACCGGAUACAGCAUUUCGGUUACUGGCGAUACAUUCUGGGAGGCAUUUACCCGUACAACGGCACGUCAAGGAAUUUUAUCGUGGAAUGA